GCGAGCCGCGUUCCACGCUCAUUCAACAAAAAAUUCUCGUAGUAGUAACAUUUUUAAAAAAUCGCAAUGGUAGUUCCAGUGGAACGUAAAGUUGGAAGAGUUCUCGAGAAACCAAAACAGUUCGUCGGGAACAACUUAACCCUCAACAUCGAUGAAAACAAAAGCAGCAUCUGCCUUACAGGAAACAACUGUAAAGUGACAUUAGCAGAAAACAACGGAAAAUUGCAAGUUGUUGGUGAUAAUUGUGAAAUAGUUGUGAGAAAGGGCAACGGAAAUAUUAAAUAUGUGGGCAAUUGUGGCAAAAUAGUUCUUGGUCUUGGAGUUUCUUCUGAGAAUGUGAACUAUAUUGGAAACCGAGGCAAUGUGACAUCUGUGAAUCCAAAUGGAAGCAGUGAACUUCAAGAUAUCAGUUUUGGUGUUAGUGAAAGUAACCACAGAAGAAAUACAAAUAAGUUUGUUAAAGACGGUACAAGAAAUUUAACGGUUAGAAAUGCCAAUAUGAUUCAAGUUACUUCCUCUGCCGUACCGAAGAAUUUUGAAUUACCGCUACCUUUUGUUAGACUUCCAGGAAAUCUACUUCGUCGAUAAAAAAAAAAGGAUAAUAAAAUGUACAAGUCUUUACACUAUCAGUAUUAUAAUUUAUUAUUGUAAUUAAAGAAUAAGACUUGGACUGACCAAAUCCUUUUUUAAUGCCAAAGAAUUAAUUUAUUUUUAUAUUUAUUUAUUUAUUUUUAUUAAAAAUUUUUAUUGUUA